UAAAGCUUCGCGCAGCAAAAGAUAAAAUUUUGCAAAAGAAGAAUGGCUGAAAUAAGGCGAUAUGUAGCGAAGCCAAACGAAACUGCGCGGAAGGAAGUGAAAUAAAAAAGUGGGAGGAUAAGCACAAAGGAAAGGCACAUGUAGCACAUAUGCAUAUUCCCGCGCGUGCGUUCAUUUAUGCUUACAUAUAUGCUUAUAUAUAUGCUAACAUUUUUUUGCUUACGUAAUGCGUACCAUUGUUCUUUUUUUUUUUUUCUCGCCCUCUCGCAAGGUACCUCCCACCCCGCGAUUGCGCAAAUUGCCGCCAGCCAGAAGAUAUCCUUGAAAACACCACAAAUUGUUGCGUGCCACGCGCAGCAUGAAUAUAUAUACAUAAAUAGAUGUACCUAUGCGCUUACUCGCGCGGACGCUUAUGCAUACACGCCCUGUGGUUAUGUGCCCAUGUAGGAAACACUAUGCAAAGGUGCACAGAGGAGCCAAGAAAGCAAACCCAAAAGAAAAGAACAAUUUAAAAAAAAAAAAACACAGGAAGGUUAUGCCCUUUGCGAAACAGGGGGGGAGGGACAAAUUAUUCCCUGUUACAUCGGUGAAACGUGCAUGCGUAUCGUAUGCAUAACUCGUAGCUUCAAUUUGAAACUAUCGUGGAGUUUCUCCUUUUGCUGAGCUAUACAUGACGAAAUAUUACAAAGAACGCACGUGUCGAGCGGAUCCCUAAAUAGGAGAGGUGCACUCGUACACAUGAACACGUGUGCCACGUGUUUGCGUCUCUCCCCCUGGAGUUCUCCGAAGACACAUCGCAAAGCGGCUGGAAGGGCACGGUACAAAAAAAGGGGAACUAAACGGGGAACUAAACGGGGAACUAAACGGAAAUAUAGGGAAGCGUAAAAAAUUGCAAGCAUAACGAAAUAGAGGGAAGAUAAAAAAGGACAAGGCCCACUCUCCACGCUCCACUCACCGCGCACCACCACCACCCCCCAAAUUAUGCAUAGUCAUAAACUCCCCCUUUCCGUUCGCCGUCCGCCAGCCCCUCCCCCACAAGACUUCUUUUUUUUUAACCCCCCCGUAAAAAACAUGACUCUAACGGAAAAUAUUGCAAAAAUCACCACCAUUCAAGAGAGGUUAAAAGAUAAGGAAAGCAAAUUCGUAAGUGCCAACGAGGAGGAAGCGGAAGAAGAGGCAGAAGCAGGGGCAGAAGCGGAGGAGCAGAAAAAAACCAUCGAUGAGAGCACCAUAAAAGAAAUUAUAGAAGACCUAAUUUCGCUAAAAGACGUAGAAAUAAAUAAAGACAUUUUAAAGCAAACCAAGAUAGGAGUAACCGUCAAUAAAUUUACCAAAAUAAAAAACGAGGAAAUACAGAAUGUUGCAAAGGACCUCGUCGAUAAGUGGAAAAAUAUUGCCAUAAAGGAAAAACACUCCUCAACCGGUAGUAGAAGCGCCGAAAGUCUGAAGAAAAGAAAAUCGGAGCUGGUCGAAGGGAGUGACAAUAACACGUGCUCAGAGGAUUACGAAUUAAAAAAGGUAAAAGUUAAAAAUGUGAGUGAGCACAGCGCAAAACAGGGAACAAUCCAAAGUGGUAGCCCCAAUCAUGGUGAGCCGAAUAAUAAGGCGGAUCAUCUCCUCUUCAGCAAACACCACAACAGUGACCACUUACCAAUAAAAGGAAGCGUUCAAAAUAGCUACCACUUUAGCGAACUUAAACACGUUAACACAGAUUUAAAGGCACUCACCGAGUGGAAUUAUAACGGGAAAUUUCACAAUGAUGUGCUUCGAGAUAAAGCGAAACAGUUUUUAUUUAAAGCUUUCAUUACCGGCUCAGAUGACAAUCUGCUCUACCUCAUUGAUAGGAAAAAGCUAAACGAUAUUAUAUACAAUAUAGAAAACGAAUUACACAAAUUUUUUAUCGAAAAAAAACAAUCACAGAAGGAAUACAAUAUGCAGUUAAAAUCAAUAAAAUUUAAUUUAUGUGAUAAAAAAAACCCAAGUUUUAACGAAAAAAUUUAUGCAGAAUAUAUCCCACCAAGAACUAUAGCCACCAUGAAUUCCCAAGAAAUGGCUAGCGAUGAGAAAAAAAAGGAACGAAAUAAAUGCCUGCAAGAAAGUUUACAAGCUUGUCAGUCCGAUUGGGAUGUUAAAAAUAUUCUUUUAAAAAAAACCAGGAAGGGUGAAUUUCAGUGUUUUAAAUGUAAGGGCUAUGAAACUGUCUACCACCAGCUGCAAACUAGGAGCAGCGACGAGCCCAUGACCACCUUCGUCACGUGCUUGAAAUGUAACAACCGUUGGAAAUUUUGA